AGUUCUAGGUAUUGCAAGUGCUUUUCUCGCAGGAGAAAAUUGUGACUUUGUGACGAAAAACUCACUGAUUCAGCAUGUCCAAGCGUUCUGGCGACACUCCGAAGAACACCCUGUUUAAUUACUUCAACAGAACACCACCAGUAUCAGGGGGUUCUGGUAAAUUCACGUCGAAAACUCCUUCGCAGAAUGACGCUUCGCCAUCAACCCCCAAAACCGCUACAAGUGGACUGAAAUCAGGAAAGCGUAUUCUAAGCGCGGAAAAAUCUUCUCUCACUCCUAAAAACCCGGGGAAAAAUGUGGAUGAUGAAGUUUUGACGCAGAAGAAGAAACGCAGGAGAAUAAUCACUUCAGAUUCUGAGGACUCUGAUCAGGAGAAUGAGAGCCCCAAGUCGAAUCCUGAGAAGAGACUACCAGUCUCACCCCUUGCCACACCGAUGGGGGCAAAAAAGGUGAAAAAGGAGAUAACAGAGACUCCUAAAUUGAGCAUUGAAGAGAAACUUGCCAGUCUGACCAAGUCUGAGCCUAAUGAAAUCCCGGAUAUGCUUGAUUCCACGGCUAUUGUCGAAGAUCAAGACACAGUGUGGCUACACAACAAACUGGACUUCAUCAAGCCAGAGAACAUCCGGGAUAUUAAGAAGAGAAAGCCCGAUCAUCCGGAAUACGAUGGGAAUACCGUUUUUGUUCCGGAUUCUUUUAUGAAGACUCUCACUCCGGCCAUGUAUCAGUGGUGGGGAAUGAAGUCUCAGCACUAUGACUGCGUUCUUCUCUUCAAGGUGGGAAAAUUCUACGAGCUGUACCACAUGGACGCUGUUGUGGGCGUCAAUGAGAUCGGAUUGAGCUUCAUGAAGGGAGAUUUCGCUCACUCUGGCUUCCCGGAACAGGCGUACGACCGCAUGGCCACGAGUCUGGUGGAGAAGGGAUAUAAAGUGGCAAGAGUAGAGCAGACAGAGACUCCAGACAUGGUGCAGGAGCGGUGCAAGAAGCAGAAGGGCGUCACGAAAUUCGACAAAGUGUCACGAAGAGAGAUUUGUCAAAUCACAAACCGAGGAACACGAGUCUUUGGUCAGCAAGUGCAGCUCACAGGAGACUUUCAGCCGCAGUACAUGCUAGCCAUUGUGGAAGUGCCCGGGGGAAUCAGCAGCACUUAUGGGAUUUGCUUUAUUGACACCUCCAUUGGACUAUUUCAUAUUGGACAGUUUGAAGACGACAAGCACAGUUCCCGAAUGCUUACUCUUCUGGCGCACUACACACCGGUAUUGGUGCUAUUUCAGAAGAAUACCCUGAGCGACAGGACGAAGCAGAUCUACAAAACAAUGCUGGGAAGUGCUCUCAAGGAUUCACUGAGCGAAGCACAGAUGUGGGAUGCCUCCACAACUCUUAAGAAUCUCGCUGAACAGUAUUUUCACACUGAUGAAGGCACGAAUUGGCCUGAGAUAUUCAAGGAAAUGCAAGAUGAUUGUGAUCACUUGGGCUUGACUCCAAAGAAGGAUUACGCUCUAGCUCUCAAGGCACUGGGAGGGUGUAUUUUCUACCUCUCAAGAUGUCUUCUGGAUCAGCAAAUACUCUCUCUAGCCCGAUAUGAGUUUUAUAUCCCACCAGAUACCACCGAAUCUAUUGCCAAGCUGGAGAGUGACAUCUCCAAGGACUCAAAGAAGCUCAAUAGAAGUCAAAAUAUGGUCUUGGACUCGAUUACUUUGCAAAAUUUGAGGAUAACUGGAGAGGAGGGAUCUUUGAAGGACACAUUGGAUCAUUGCUGCACGAAAUUCGGCAAGAGACUUCUUCAUAAUUGGCUGUGUUCUCCCAGUUGUAACAUCUCACUUAUCCGGAAGCGUCAGGAGGCAGUGACUGAGCUCUUGGACAGGCCGAUACUUCUGCAGGAUAUUCGGAUUCUCCUCGGCUCACUGUCAGACUUGGAGAGACAACUGGCUCAAAUACAUUCCUUCAGCAGCUGUGGUCGCUUCCGAGAUCAUCCCGACAGCAGAGCGAUUCUCUAUGAAGAAACUCAGUACAGCAAGAAGAAGAUCCAGGACUUCAUAUUUGUUCUCAAUGGCUUCAAAAGUCUGUUGCGACUUCCUGAGAUCGCCGCCAAAUGUUCUAGCGAGCUGUUGAUUAGUCUUACUCAAAAUUCUCCGGUUGGAAGCUUCCCAGAUUUCUCUGAGAUUCUGGAUUUCUUCCAAAAGUCUUUUGACCAUGAAGUAGCUCUCAAGAGUGGCUUCAUUGCUCCGGAAAGAGGUGUGGAUGCAGAGUAUGAUGCUAUUGAGAAUGAAAUUACAGACAUUGAGACAGAAUUGAAGGAGUACGUGAAGGUGCAGGAGAAGUACUUCAACUGUAAAAUAAGUGUAGGCGCCAACAAGAGUCGCUUUCAGCUGGAAAUCCCAGAGGCGUAUGCUAAAAAGGCGGGCUCGGAGUACAGUCUGGAGGGUCAGCAGGGGAAGAAGAAGAGAUAUCAUACGGAUGAGACCAGAGACCUUGUGAAAAGAAUCACAGUGGCGGAGGAUCAGAAGAAAGUGGUGCUGAAGGACCUCAUGAGAAGGAUCUUUGAGAAGUUUUCGAAUAAUCAUGAUCUGUGGAAGCAGUGUGUGUCGAAUGUGGCUAUACUGGAUGUGCUAACGUCUCUGGCUGAAUAUGCGAGGAAUUCCCGAGAGACUUGUGUUCCGGAGAUCAUCGAGGGCGAGACUGAGCCUUUGAUGGAGAUAGAAGAUGGGUAUCAUCCUUGUCUGGCGAGCAACGAGGACUUCAUUCCCAAUGGAGUCAUUUUAGGAGCUCCAAGAACAGCAAUGACGAUUCUCACGGGGCCCAACAUGGGCGGGAAAAGCACUCUCAUGCGCCAGGUGGGCCUUUUGGCAGUGAUGGCCCAAAUAGGCUCUCGUAUUCCGGCCACUCGCUGCCGCAUGAGUCUGAUCGAUCGCAUUUUCACGCGCCUAGGCGCUCAGGAUGACAUUCUGGCGGGACAUAGCACUUUCCUGGUGGAGCUGAGUGAGACUUCGGCCAUUCUUAAGCACGCCACAGUGAACAGUCUGGUUCUCUUGGAUGAAUUGGGCCGUGGAACCGCGACGUACGAUGGCACAGCAAUUGCAGCUUCUGUGGUGAACUUUCUGACAGAUCUUCGAUGCAGAACUCUCUUCUCUACUCAUUAUCACAGUCUCGUGGACAACUUCCACGGGGACGAGAGGAUCACACUUGGCCACAUGGCGUGUAUGGUGGAGAACGAAGACAGUGAUGAUCCCACACAGGAAACUGUGACGUUCCUCUACAAGUACGCCGAUGGACCUUGUCCCAAAUCUUAUGGGUUCAAUGCUGCAAAACUUGCUGGAAUGCCGGUUACUAUCAUACGACGAGCCCACGAGCUCUCCAAGAAAGUCGAAUCCAACGCCCUAAAGAGACAGAUCUUCUCUCGCAUCCUUUCCACUGCCAAUGUUGAAGAAAUACGGAAUCUACUGUCCAAACUCAAGGCUUUUGGUUCCUCAACGCCAUAAACAGAAGAUUUCUUCUUUAUAUUUACCAUUUUCUAAAUGUAAGUUGUAUACGAUUCGCUUGUCUCUCACAGAAAAGCCACUUUAAGA